AUGGCUCCUCACGAUGAUGAGAAGAAGAAGGUCAACCUGACCGACCCCUCAGGUGCCGAGAUCAAGAAUGAGGAUGACGUCUCAACGGCGAUCCUGAAGAAGAAGAAGAAGCCCAACCAGCUCAUGGUUACCGAUGCCACAAAUGAUGACAACAGCAUCAUCGGUCUCUCAGAGGCCACCAUGGACUCUCUCCAGCUUUUCCGUGGUGACACAGUUCUUGUCCGAGGCAAGAAGCGCAAGGACACGGUCCUCAUUGUUCUUGCUGAGGACGAUAUCGAUGACGGCAGUGCCCGCAUCAACCGAGUAGUCCGCCACAACCUUCGUGUCAAGCACGGUGAUAUGAUCACCAUCCACGCUUGCCCUGAUAUCAAAUACGCCAAGCGUAUCGCUGUUCUCCCCAUCGCCGAUACCGUAGAGGGUAUUACCGGCUCUCUCUUCGACGUAUUUCUCGCACCCUACUUCCGUGAGGCUUACAGGCCUGUCCGCCAGGGUGAUCUGUUCAUCGUUCGUGGCGGUAUGAGACAAGUCGAGUUCAAGGUGGUCGAGGUCGAUCCUCCAGAGUAUGGCAUUGUUGCCCAAGAUACGGUCAUUCACUGCGAAGGUGAACCUAUCCAAAGAGAUGAGGAAGAGAACAACUUGAACGAAGUUGGUUAUGACGAUAUUGGUGGCUGCCGAAAGCAGAUGGCCCAGAUCCGAGAAAUGGUUGAGUUGCCCCUCCGCCACCCUCAGCUGUUCAAGUCCAUCGGUAUCAAGCCCCCUCGAGGUGUCUUGCUGUACGGUCCUCCUGGUACCGGUAAGACUCUCAUGGCCCGAGCCGUGGCCAAUGAGACUGGUGCUUUCUUCUUCCUGAUCAACGGACCCGAAAUCAUGUCCAAGAUGGCUGGUGAAUCCGAGUCCAACCUUCGAAAGGCUUUCGAGGAGGCUGAGAAGAACUCCCCUGCUAUCAUCUUCAUCGAUGAAAUCGAUUCUAUCGCCCCCAAGCGUGAGAAGACAAACGGUGAAGUCGAGCGCCGUGUCGUGUCUCAGCUUCUUACCCUCAUGGACGGCAUGAAGGCCCGCUCCAACGUCGUUGUCAUGGCCGCCACUAACCGACCUAACUCGAUUGACCCUGCCCUCCGACGAUUUGGUCGUUUCGACCGUGAAGUCGACAUUGGUAUCCCCGACCCAACUGGCCGUCUUGAGAUUCUCCAGAUUCACACCAAGAACAUGAAGCUCGGCGACGACGUCGAUCUUGAACAGAUUGCUGCCGAGACCCACGGUUACGUCGGUUCCGAUGUUGCUGCCCUUUGCUCAGAGGCUGCUAUGCAGCAGAUCCGUGAGAAGAUGGAUCUUAUUGAUCUUGACGAGGACACCAUCGACGCCGAGGUCCUUGACUCCCUUGGUGUUACUAUGGAGAACUUCCGCUUUGCCCUCGGUGUUUCCAACCCCUCGGCUCUGCGUGAGGUUGCCGUUGUGGAGGUUCCCAACGUUCGCUGGGAAGAUGUUGGUGGUCUGGAGGAGGUCAAGCAGGACCUGCGCGAAAGCGUUCAGUACCCUGUCGACCAUCCCGAGAAGUUCCUCAAGUUUGGUCUUUCACCUUCUCGAGGUGUUCUGUUCUACGGUCCUCCUGGUACUGGUAAAACUCUCCUUGCCAAGGCUGUCGCCAACGAGUGUGCUGCCAACUUCAUUUCCGUCAAGGGUCCCGAACUUCUCAGCAUGUGGUUCGGUGAGUCCGAAAGCAACAUUCGAGACAUUUUCGACAAGGCCCGCGCCGCCGCCCCUUGCGUUGUCUUCCUUGAUGAGUUGGAUUCCAUUGCCAAGGCUCGUGGUGGAUCUGUCGGUGAUGCUGGUGGUGCUUCCGACCGUGUUGUGAACCAGCUUCUGACUGAAAUGGACGGCAUGACCUCAAAGAAGAAUGUUUUCGUCAUCGGCGCUACCAACCGACCGGAGCAGCUUGACCCUGCUCUGUGCCGACCUGGUCGUCUGGACUCUCUCAUCUACGUUCCUCUGCCUGAUGAGCCUGGCCGAUUGAGCAUUCUCAAGGCUCAGCUGCGCAAGACCCCUGUCUCCACUGAUGUCGACCUUGGCUACAUUGCCAGCAAGACUCACGGCUUCUCCGGUGCUGACUUGGGUUUCAUUACCCAGCGUGCCGUCAAGAUUGCUAUCAAGGAGGCCAUCAGCCUUGACAUUGAGCGCACCAAGGCUCGUCAAGCUGCCGGUGACGAGAUGGAGGUUGAUGACGAUGCUGAGGACCCUGUUCCUGAGCUCACAAAGGCCCAUUUCGAGGAGGCUAUGCAGAUGGCCCGAAGAUCAGUCACUGAUGUUGAGAUCCGUCGUUAUGAGGCCUUUGCCCAGCAAAUGAAGAACGCCGGACCCGGAGCUUUCUUCAAGUUCCCCGAAAGCGGAGCUGCUGGAGAGGCUGACGCCGGUGCUGGCAACUCUUUCGGCGAUGCCGGUAACGAUGAUGACCUUUACAACUAA